AUGCCCAAAUACUACAAGGACCGCUCCGCCGGCGCGCGGAAGUUCCGGACACUGCGAAGGGCUCAGCUGGGAUCGAUCGCUAGGCUGGGGCAGCUGGGCCCGGAGCAGCAGGGCGCCGUGGCGGCCUGGCUGGUGGCCGCCGGCCGCGAGAGCUGCGCCCAGAGCCUCAGAGCUGCCGCUGCCGGGCGCGUUGGGCGGCGGGGCGAUUGCGGCUUGACUCCGUGCGCCGGGGCCGCGGAAUCUCGCGGAUCGCUUUCCGACCCCAUCCGGGCAGGCCAACGACGACGUGGCGCGGAAGUGGAGGCGGGGCUCCCAGAGUCAGGCAUCAACUUGGCCGGUUUGGACGGAGGCUCAGGAAACGGUUUCCUGAGGUGGGAGUGCGAUGUGAUCCGCUCGGCGCCGGUGCUACAGCCCUUUGGUCGACAGGACCAGGUCGCUCUGGUGGAUAGUGCCCCGGGCAAGCCAUGGUCUUUGCUGCCCGAGGCAUGCUCCGAAGUGGUCGCAGCGCUCAGAGCUGCGGGCAUCACUAUGCCGGGCGUGGUGGAGCCGCCCGCCGCGGUCUCGGCGCUGGUCGCGGAGCUGCGCUUGCCGCGCCUCAGCUGGGCAGAGGUCCUGCUGGAGCACGUCUUCCCCUGGGCCUCGGAGCCCUCGGUGGACCCUGCGGCGCGGCAGGGGCUGAUGCUGGCAGUGGUCCAGCGUUGGCGGGAGAUGGAGCUGGCGGGGAACGAGCCCUGUGUCCAGGCGCUGCAAAAGGUGCCCUUCGUGCCGACAGCGGAUGGGCAUCGCAGCCCCGAGAGUUUGCUGGACCCCAGGAAGGAGGAGCUGCGCUCGCUCUUCCUGGGAUCCGGGCCCUUCCCCAAAGACGAAGUCCACACCGUUCUGCUGCCCAUGGCGCAAAGAGGCCUUCUGCGGUUCAGGCAAGAGCUCUCCUUAGAGGAGCUCAACGAAAGGCUCACGUUCCUGGACGGUUUGGGCGAGACUGAGCAGGACGAGUGGGAGAAGGUGAGGCUCUGUGCAGAGAGCCUCUUGCAGUACGUGGCCACCACGGUCAGCCAGAAAUGCGACGAGGCCGGUCCGGUUCACCGGUUCACCAGUUCGGGUGCGUUCGGGUGCACUCCGUGA